AUGGCAAAGCCAAAUAUCGCAUCCGCCGAAUCCUCCAGGACGGAACUCGCACCAAACACUUCUCCAGCCCCCUCAAUUCCAUCCACAGCUCACCUCGAACGAGUAUCCUACCUGUUUGGUUAUCCAAUUUCACAUUCGUUAUCCCCUCUUCUCCAUGCCACCAUUUACUCACACCUCUCGCUCAACUACGCACAAUAUCUGUACGAGACGCGGUCCCUGGAAGCAUGUCUUUCACUUACUCGCACCCCGAAAUUCUUCGGCGCCUCAGUAACAAUGCCGCACAAAGUAGCCAUCAUCCCCUAUUUGGACAUGUUGACGCCGGAGGGUGAGGCAAUCGGAGCUAUUAACACGAUAUUCCUGCGGAACAGCCCAAGUGGAAAGAGAUUAUUGUGUGGGACAAACACGGAUUGCAUCGGGAUCCGGGAAGCUAUUCUGAGGAAUAUUAGCAAGGAGGAGGCCCAGGAGAUGAAAGGGAAACCAGCUAUGGUGAUUGGUGGCGGUGGAACGAGUAGAGCUGCGGUAUAUGCAUUGAAGACAUUUCUCGAGUGCUCCGAUAUCUAUUUAGUCAAUAGAGACCGCAGCGAAGUUGAGCAGGUUAUUCGGGAGUGUGAGAGUAAAGGUUUCGGUUCUAACCUUCGCUAUGUGAGCUCUGUGGAGGAGGCGGAGAAUCUACCUGCUGCGAGGGUGGUAGUGAGCGCGAUUCCGGAUUUCCCUCCCAGGAGUGAGGACGAGAUCAAAACGAGGAAGAUAAUUUCGAUUAUGCUAGGGAAGGCCGAAAAGGGAGCUGUUUUGGAGAUGUGCUAUCAUCCUUCACCGGAUACGGCAAUUUCAAAGCUUGCAAUAGAAAACGGAUGGAAGCUGAUUGGAGGGGUGGAGGCAAUGAUAUGGCAGGGUUUGGAACAGGAUAAGGUGUGGUUGCGUCGGAGAGUAAGUCAGUUACCGGUGGAGAAGGUGAGGGAGGUGAUAAAUACGAAGUUGGCGAAGUCACGCCUUUGA